AUGACUGUUGAGUGUGUGAAUGGUGGCUUGACAGGAGCAGGAGUUGGCCCUUUUUCAGUUUUCCUUUUCCAUAAUGGGAUAAUAAAUAGGGUUGGUGAAGUUAAAUACAUGGGUGGUGAUGUAGAAGUGUAUGAAAAAAUGGAAGCUAAUGAAGUCUGUUUAAAUGUGUUGAAGGAUAGGAUAAAACACUUAGGGUAUAGUGAGGCAGGAACAGUACUUUAUUGUUGGUGGAAUGAAAGAUUGAAGUUGAUAAAAACAGACAAUGAUAUAAUAUCCAUAUUGAAUGAAGUCAACCCAGGUAACAUGUUGGAGUUUUGGGUUGAAACACUGGAUGAUUUGGACUUGUUUGAUGCUGACAUGGUAGCAAUUGAGGCAGGCAGUGAUUGGGAAAAUGAGAUUGAGGUAGACUGUUUGGGGGUAGAUCAGCAGGAUGAUGUAGAGUUUGGGGAUGGAUUAAAUGCAGAACAGAAGCAGGAGGAUGGGGAUGGGUUAAAAAUGGAGGAUGGUGAUGGCUUAAAACAGGAGAAUAAAGUACUUUCAGUUGCUGAAAAAAAGAAGUUGAAAAACAGUUGGGAUGAAAUAAACUUUUCUGAUGAGGACUCAAUUGUGGAUUCUGAUAGUGAUGGGGAAGGUAAAUGGCCCAUAUUUAGAGCUGCAACAGACAUGAAAGAUCCCCAUUUUACUUUAGGCAUGACUUUUGCUUCCAAACAACAGUUUAGAGAAGCAGUUCAAAACUAUGCUUUCAUAAAUGGCAAAGAAAUCAGAACACUUAAAAAUGACAAGGAAAGGGUCAUAGUUAAGUGUACACAGGAGGGUUGCCCUUGGAGAAUAGGCUUGAGGAAAGUAAUAGGCUCAUUGUCAUGGAGAAUUUUGAACAUGAUAGAUGAACAUGAAGGGUGUUCUUGGGUUUGGGAGAAUUCUAUGGUCAAAUCUACUGUGGUUGCUAAGAGGUGGUCUACUCACUUAAAAGACCACCCAGAUUGGAUGAUGAGAAAGUUCAAGGAUAAGGUGUGCAGUCAAGAAGGAUUUUAUGUGAGUGAUUCCCAAGCCUAUAGGGCUAUUUGGAAGUCAAAGAAGCUAAGAGAAGGUGAAGAGGAAGAUAACUUCAAAAACAUUUGGAGAUACUAUGAAGAAAUUUGUAAGACAAAUCCUAGGUCAAGAUGUAUUAUCAAGACCAGUGACCUGCUAGAUGGGAGUGGACAAGAAAGAUUUUUGAGAAUAUAUGUUUGCUGGGACAGUAGCAAGCAAGGCUUCAAGAACUGUAGAAAAUUGAUAGGGGUAGAUGGCUGUCACCUUAGAAGUGCAACAGGUGGGAUGCUACUGACUGCUGUGACUGUAGAUGCAAAUGAUAGUAUAUUUCCACUAGCUUAUGCUAUUGUGGAAGGAGAGAAAAGAGAGUCCUGGACUUGGUUUCUAAUGCUUCUGAAAGAUGAUCUGGAGAUAAGCCCCAAUGUGGAAGAUGAAUACUGUUUCAUAAGUGACAAACAAAAGGGGUUAAUUCAAGCAUUUGUGGAGGUGCUACCUGGUGUGGAGCACAGGUUUUGUAUGAGACAUUUGCAUGCUAAUAUGAAGGUGGCAGGUUUCCAUGGAAAGGCAAUUAAGGAUGCUGUAUGGGCUUGUGCUAAGGCAACCACUGUAAACAAAUUCAAUGAUGCUUUAAGAAUAUUAAGGAGAUUAGAUGAAGAUGCAUACCAAUGGUUAGGUGAUAAGAGCCCAAAAGAAUGGUCUAGAUCCCACUUCUCUACAAGAUGCAAGUCUGACAUGUUGGUAAAUAACAUUUGUGAGUCUUGGAAUUCAUCUAUAUUGGAGGCAAGGGACAAGCCAAUCAUUGACUGCUUAGAGUGGAUUAGGAGGAUGAUCAUGGGUAAAUUGUUUGAGAACAGGCAGAAAGCAACUGAAUGGAAGGGUUUGAUAUCUCCUAACAUUGUCAAGAAGUUAAAGGUGAUUGAGAAGGAUGCAGCAGGUUACCAGGCCACACAAUGUGAUUUCUUCAAGUUUGAGGUUCAACAACUAUAUGGGGAUCGACAACAAGUUGACUUAGAAAGACAGUAG